AUGGAUAAUGAUUGUGGCCCUUAUUUUGAUUGCGAUUUAUUUAUCAGCGACAAAUGCAAUCAAAAUAUUUUCAGCUGGUAUAUUCAUUCUUCUCCCGGACUAUAUUCUCGUCCAGCAUUUGAAGCAUAUCAUGAUGCAACCCAUGUCUACCAUCAACAAAAAUUUGACGAAUUAUAUCCCAAAAAGUAUCGCAUGAUUUCCCUGAGUGUUUAUGGUGAUCCAUCUGAUACCCGUUACGCCGCUGUAUGGGUUCAAACGCAAUUGUCUCCUGACUGGAUGGCUAUUCAUGGAGCUACUCCUUCCCAAUACCAAAGCUUUUUCGAUAAAUGCGCUCAAGGUGGUUAUUCUGCUAUUCUGAUUACAGCCACCGGAAAUGAUUCAAAAUCUGUUUUUGCCGGAACUUGUGAAAAGCGACCUGGUCCUCUUCAUUUAACAAAGUUUGGUCUUGUCCGUGGAUCUGACAGCGAAACGAAUACCAUACAAUAUUGGAAUAAGCAAGCUUAUGAGCAGGGAUUAAUUUUGACAUCUGGUUCCGUUUAUGGAAGUGCUUCAAAUCCAGUGUUUGCCGCAAUUUGGAGUUCCAAUACUGAUAACAUUAGUUGGAAUGCUGAUGGCAUAGUAGAUGAUGCUGCCACCUAUCAAUCUCGGUUCAAUGCCGAAACCUCAGUAUGGGCACGUCCUUCAUUUGUGACACUUUCGUCCUCUUAUCAAUAUUUCUCUGUGUUUGUUGACAACCAAAUUGGACCUUGGGUUGCAAGACAUGGUCUCACUUCUAGUCAAUACCAAGCAGAAUUUGACAAAUGGGUUGCUCAAGGAUAUUAUCCUUUUUCUGUUCAAGGAGGAGGCAGCGGUUCUGGUAUCCGAAUUGCUGUCAUUUUUGCCAAAGAUACUAUUCCAAUACCUCGUAAUUUUACUGCGUCUGGUCUCACCACUGUUCAAUCGAUCGAUGAUGUUAUGAAAGACUAUAUUAAAAAGAACCAAAUUCAUGGUGCUUCUUUGGGUAUUGUUCUUGGAAAGAAACUGGUUUAUGCUAAAGGUUAUACGUGGGCCGAACCCGGGUAUCCCGCAAUUCAGCCUACAACUCCGUUUCGCGUCGCAAGUUGCUCCAAAUCCAUCACUAGUAUCGCUAUUCAUCAACUAAUUCAAGAAAAACUACUUUCCCUUGAUGACCGAUUCCAAGACAUUCUUCAACUCAAAACUCCCUCAGGAGGUGAUCCUUCAGAUCCAAAUAUAAAAAAAGUCACUAUUCGACAAUUGCUUGAACACAAAGGUGGCUUUUCAGAUGCCUGGCACAGGGAUGUAGCUACCGUAAAGGCAUUUGGAACCAGCUUGCCUAUUACCAAAUUACAAUUAGCAAGAUACAUAAUGACCGAAAAAUUGCAAUUUGAGCCAGGAACACAAUAUCUUUAUUCAAAUUUUGGUUAUAUCUUGUUAUCUUUGGUGGUGGAAAAAAAGCGAGGAACAUUGUACGAAUCUGCUGUAUUAUCAACAAUAGGGAAACCUUUGGGACUUUCGAGAACAAGAUUGUCUCGUACUCUUUUAUCUUCUCAGCUGACUGGUGAAGCUCGUUAUCACGAUUGGAAAAUUGGUGUAUCAGAUAGCGUCAUGACUCCUGAUGAGCCAUUAGUUCCUUACCAAUAUGGUGGGUUUGACAUUCAAAAUCAAGAUGGCGGUGGUGGUUGGUCUGUCGCAGCCGUUGAUUUUGCACGUAUUCUUGCCGGGCUAUCUUCGAAGUCUGGAAAGCUCUUAAACAAUAACACGACCUUUGACAUGCUUGAAAAUUUGCGAGGAUUUGAUCAACGAUAUUAUUCAAACCCGGAUGGAUGGCAUUAUGUUAAGGGAGGAUAUAUCUCUGGUCUGCAAAGUAUAAUUAACUUUGAUGAUAAUCAAUUUUCCUACUUUAUUGCUUGGAAUAAGAACGAACUUAAAGGCCAAUUUUAUCCGAAUUUUCCUGAAUUGGAAGCAGCUUUUAAGUCAAAUAAUUGGGGAAAUACGGAUCUAUUUCCUUCAUAUGACAUGCCAGCCCUUUGA